AUUAGAGACGUUGUUGUCUCCGAGGUUCCCAUAGAAGACUUGGAAAAAUCUCCAGCUCCAAUCCUUCCGUACAAUCAUAUUCCUCAUCGCUCGGCGAUCUGUCAAGCUUGUUCAACAGAUUUGCCUGACUACUUUAUUGCGAUUUCAAAUGUUUCUGAAGUUUCACCACAAUUAAGUGAGGGAUUUUGGACGGAAGACAUUGAUACCUCGGAUGAUGAAAAUGGCCCACCACCAUGUUAUGAACAAGCUCUUCGAAUGUCGAAAUAUUUUACAGUUGCUGCCGACUUAGAAUAUGAUCAGACGAAUCAGGAGGGACAAAUUGAAGAUACAAGACUUUGAAUAUCAUAAACCCGGAUUUCUUAUCACUAGUUGCAAUGACUUUGGUUGAUUCUUUGAGUCAACAGAUUGCAGUUGGAUUUUCAUGAGUGCAAAUACAGUGUAAAUUAAUUUUGUAUAAAUUAAGAAUUCAAACUUUAUAGCGUGCGUAUAUCGAGUUAUGGAUGCAAACUUUGGAGAGCACGAAAGAUGCGUAAGAGUUCUACCUUCUUGAGUGCUCUCCAAACUUCCCAAGUGCAUCCAUAACUCGAUAUACGCACAGCUAAAGACAUGAGCAAAUUCAUAGCUGACAAAUCACCUGACAGAAAUGGUUUCCUUUUGAUUAACUGCAAAAUUCUCCUAACGCGCGACACAGAAAAACGAACGCUUCCAUUGGCUGGUUACAAACACGCCACAAUCGUCUGGUUUGAAUAAAAUUUUUUCUGUAAAACUGAGAAAGAAAAUUUGCUUAUUUAUUCGUUAACGAGCAAUGGGAACUAAGCAGAAACCAAGGUAAGCGAGACUUAAAGUCCACCUAAAGUUUAAAUACUCACAUGUAAGAAGUCGUGGAGUAUGGUUUGGAUUCGCGGAAAAGAUGUUUAUUUUGUUCGGCGACAUCGAGAAACAGUGACUUGCUUUUUAGCGAAGAUGACUGCCAUCUUACUUUAUAUUCAUUUACGAGCAACAACUGGUCAUUACGGUUUAUUAAGAAGACCAGGUAGCAGUUGUUUUUGUGAGUAAUAAAUUUGUCUUCUUGUGUAAUUUGUCUUGUUAUUGCAAGAGAAAUUUUCCCUUCCUCAGUCGGAUUGUUCGGCGAUCACAAAAGUGCAUAUACUCUUUUCGCUGUUGAGCUUACGUUAUAAUUAACUUGUGUUGUAAAGGAUACUAAAACAAACGUUAAAAAGGGAGGUCACUUUAGACAAAUUGGAUAUUUCCCGACACGGACCAAUUUGGGAUCUUUUCCAGCUGAAUGUCAGUCUUUCCGGCAGACUUCUCAACGAUUCAGGCUCUAUCAUUCGCGAAAAAUCUUCACCGCUUUUGCUGUUGGUUUGAGUGGCUAGACGCUCAAUUCCAAAAAUGCUAGCAAGUUUUUCAUCAUUGCCGUCGAUUUUUGGGUACUAAGUACUAAAGAAAAGAGACGAAAAACACAACUGAACACGUCGUCAUGAAAAAAAUCUUUAUUUACGCACGGGCGUUCAGGGCGGCUCAGUAGGACUGGUUUCCAUAUGAUCGUUGCGAUCGCUGAGAAAAAAAAGUUCAGCGAUCGCAGCGAUCAUAUGAAAACCACUUUCCAGCGAUCGCAGCGACAACGAUCGCUGAGAUACAAAAAGUGUUCUGUCUCAACGAUCGUUGUCGCUGCGAUCGCUGGAGAGGUUUCUAUAUGAUUGCAGCGAUCUCAUAGCGAUCAUAUGGAAACCGGGCUUUAUAUAGGGCAAGCACGCGCGCUAUGUUAUAAACAGUUUUUAGACAUUUUACUCACAGUUUUUCAUGUAUUGAGCAUACAGACUGAGUGAAAACCUCAACUCCCACCACUGUCAAAUGUCUGAGGCGUUUUUUAAAACGUUGACUUUAGGCUAAUACUUCUUUGAGUCAGCAGAUUAGAUUUUCAUGCCGGGUGCAAAUAUAGAACUUUUUAUAUAGAACGACCUUCCCUCAAAUAUAAGAAACAGAAGUUCGUAUAAUAUGUUUAAGAAAAGAGUCAAAGAGUAUGUGAUUAAGAAAUAAUUGUAAUAGUUUUAGUUCAUAUCAGUUCGUAAAACAGGAAGUCUGCCUUCUGCAUUCUUUAAAUCUGCUUAGAAUAAAGCGGAGAUCGUGUAGAAGCUCUUAUAGUAAUGUAAAAAAAUUAUAUACUGUUUUACCUUCGAAUAUUGUAACGGCUUAGAUCAUGUUGCUGAUGUAUAUAUGUAAACUCUAACGAUGCUUCAGUGUAUUUGGAAUUUAACUGAUGAGUUGGUCAACGCUUCGUUGGCCUACGAAACAGUAUAUUUGUAUUAAAGUCCAUGAUUGAUAUGAAACAAAAUUGAGUAGAAAAGCUUUGUUAUUUCCAACAACUUUAUUGACUUUAUCUUCGACAUGAAGAUUUCAGUACCAAAACAAUGAUAAAUAAAAAAAGUAAAAUAAAAGUUAAGUAAGAAAGAAAGGAACCGAAUUGAAUAUUAUCAUAAAAGAAAAAUUACUUGGCUAUGUACGGCAUCUACGGGCGUAUAUGAUAAGAAAGUUUAUUACCGCUCCAUAAUUGUUGCGCACUAUCCUGGAUUUAGCAGUGUGGAACUCACCUUUUACUUAUCUAUAUAUACCACUGAAGAACAAAGAGUAUCGAGAUGGGCGACUCUUUGCAGAGGAAAAACUGGUGUUGCAAUUUUUGUAGUAGUUUUACUGUGUGGUGUCGUUCUUUCGGUUUUGUUUGCUUUCUCUAGAGGGCCUAAAUCUUGUAACACAAAAGAGGAAGAUGAUUGUGGUGAAUCAAAGUUCGCAGUCGUUGGAAAGAUUUGCGGAGGUACCUUUCUCAUUAUUUUUGUUGGCAGUGGAGCUGUAGUAAUAGCUCGCAACAAGAGAGAGAAAAAAAUAAGAGACGUUGUUGUCUCCGAGGUUCCCAGAGAAUGGAAAAAUCUCCAGCCCCAAUCCUUCCGUACAAUCAUAUUCCUCAUCGCCCGGCGAUCUGUCAAGCUUGUUCAACAGAUUUGCCUGACUACUUUAUUGCGAUUUCAAAUGUGUCUGAAGUUUCAACACAAUUAAGUGGGGGAUUUUGGACGAUAGACAUUGAUACCUCGGAUAAUGAAAAUGGCCCGCCACCAUGUUAUGAGGAAGCUCUUCGAAUGUCGAAAUAUUUUUCAGUUGCUACCGACUUAGAAUAUGAUCAGCCGAAUCAGCAGGGACAAAGUGAAGAUACAAGACUUUGAAUAUCAUAAACCCUUGCAAUGACUUUGGUUGAUUCUUUGAGUCAACAGAUUGUAGUUGGAUUUUCAUGAGUGCAAAUACAGUGUAAAUUAAUUUUGUAUAAAUUAAGAAUUUGUUCAUACUUAGCGUGCGUAUAUCGAGUUAUGGACGCACGCGGGAAGUUUGGAGAGCACGAAAGAUGCGUAAGAGUUCUAGCUUCUUGAGUGGUCUCCAAACUUCCCAAGUGUAUCCAUAACUCGAUAUACGCACAGCUAAAGACAUGAGCAAAUUCAUAGCUGACAAAUCAGCCGACAGAAAUGCUUGCUUUUUGAUUAACUGCAAAAUUCUCCUAACGCGCGACAUAGAAAAACGAACGCUUCCAUUGGCUGGUUACAAACACGCCACAAUCGUCUGGUUUGAAUGAAAAUUUUUUUCUGUAAAACUGAGAAGAAAAUUUGCUCGUUAACGAUCAAUGGGAACUAAGCAGAAACAAAGGUAAGCGAGACUUAAAGUCCACCUAAAGUUGUGAAUACUCACAUGUUCGUAAGAAGUCGUGGAGUAUGGUUUGGAUUCGCGGAAAAGAUGUUUAUUUUGUUCGGCGACAUCCAGAAAACUUGCUUUUUAACGAAGGUGACUGUCAUCUUACUUUAUAUUCAUUUACGAGCAACAGCUGGUCAUUACGGCUUCUUGAGAAGACCUGGUAGCAGUUGUUUUCGUGAGUAAUAAAUUUAUGUCUUCUUGUGUAAUUUGUCUUGUUAUUGCAAGAGAAAUUUUCCCUGCUUCAGUCGGAUUGUUCGGCGAUCACAAAAGUGCAUGUACUCUUUUCGCUAUUGAGCUUACUUUAUAAUUAACUUGUGUUGUAAAAGAUACUAAAACAAACGUUAAAAACGGAGGACAGUUUAGACAAAUUGGAUAUUUCCCGAAACAGACCAAUUUGUGGUCUUUUUCCAGCCGAAUGUCAGUGUUUCCGGCAGACUUCUCAACGACUCAGGCUCUAUCAUUUGCGAAACAUCUUCACCGCUUUUGCUGUUGGUUUGAGUGGCUAGACGCUCAAUUCCAAAAAUGCUAGCAAGUUUUUCAUCAUUGCCGUCGAUUUUUGGGUACUUAGUACUAAAGCAAAGAGACGAAAAACACAACUGAACACGUCAUCAUGAAAAAAAUCUUUAUUUACGCACGGGCGUUCAGGGCGGCUCAGUAGGACUGGUUUCCAUAUGAUCGUUGCGAUCGCUGAGAAAAAAAAGUUCAGCGAUCAUAUGAAAACCACUUUCCAGCGGUCGCAGCGACAACGAUCGCUGAGAUACAAAACGUGUUCUAUCUCAACUAUCGUUGUCGCUGCGAUCGCUGGAGAGGUUUCUAUAUGAUUGCAGCGAUCUCAUAGCGAUCAUAUGGAAACCGGGCUUUAUAUAGGGCAAGCACGCGCGCUAUGUUAUAAACAGUUUUUAGACAUUUUACUCACAGUUUUGCAUGUAUUGAGCAUACAGACUGAGUGAAAACCUCAACUCCCACCACUGUCAAAUGUCUGAGGCGUUUUCUAAAACGUUGACUUUAGGCUAAUACUUCUUUGAGUCAGCAGAUUAGAUUUUCAUGCCGGGUGCAAAUAUAGAACUUUUUAUAUAGAACGACCUUCCCUCAAAUAUAAGAAACAGAAGUUCGUAUAAUAUGUUUAAGAAAAGAGUCGAAGAGUAUGUGAUUAAGAAAUAAUUAUAAUAGUUUUAGUUCAUAUCAGUUCGUAAAACAGGAAGUCUGCCUUCUUCAUUCUUUACAUCUGCUUAGAAUAAAGCGGAGAUCGUGUAGAAGCUCUUAUAGUAAUGUAAAAAAAUUAUAUACUGUUUUACCUUCGAAUAUUGUAACGGCUUAGAUCAUGUUGCUGAUGUAUAUAUGUAAACUCUAACGAUGCUUCAGUGUAUGUGGAAUUUAACUGCUGAGUUGGUCAACGCUUCGUUGGCCUACGAAACAGUAUUGUAUUAAAGUCCAUGAUUGAUAUGAAACAAAAUUGAGUAGAAAAGCUUUGUUAUUUCCAACAACUUUAUUGACUUUAUCUUCGACAUGAAGAUUUCAGUACCAAAACAAUGAUAAAUGAAAAAAGUAAAAUAAAAGUUAAGUAAGAAAGAAAGGAACAAUUGAAUAUUAUCAUAAAAGAAAAAUUACUUGGCUAUGUACGGCUUCUACGCAACUCGUAUGGUAAGAAAGUUUACUACCGCUCCAUAAUUGUUGAGCACUAUCCUGGAUUUAGCAGUGUGGAACUCACCUGUAGUUAUCCAUAUAUAUAUAUAGAACUUUCACAGUUUUUAGACAUUAAAUCUCUUUAGUUAACAGUCCGGCUUGUAUGUAUUGAGCAUACAGACUGAGUUAAGACAACACUUUGAAUACCUUAAAAUCCCACAUUAAAGCACUGGGCUCCGGCUAUUUAAGGGGUUUUGGGUUUGCGGAACGACGAGGUAAAACGUAUCUGAGAAACGAAUUAAAGCAAACAUACCAUUACGUUUAGAGUUACAUUUAUAAUGCAUUUUUUGUGCGUCACAAUAAACGGAGAAUGUUCUCCACCAAGUAUGUUGAGGGCUUGUGAAGCUCGCUUGGCUUUUCAACGAGAGGACCAAGACUCUGUUCUUUCUCUUUAGACAGCAGUUUAUUCUUCAACAGCUAUUGACAACAACUCUACUACUCAACUAGCUUACACAGCGAAUUAAAUAACCAUAUUGUAGAGUUAUUUUGAGUUAGCUGACCGGAAGAGUUUCUAUUGAAUACCUUAUCGCCUAUAUCGCAACAGGUUUGCUAUAGUAAGAUAAGCCUACACAGCCGCAACCGACAAGUACCAAAGAACCAGUUAAAUGCUAACAGUGAAACUGCCCUGGAGGACAAAACAGGAACUCGACUGUGGGUAAAACUCGAGGUAAACUGUACUCCCCAAACAAGCCUACUUCAAAGAACCAAAACUAAAUUUAACAAACACUUCAAAUGGAUAAUACUAGACAAAAACUGAGGAACUAACCAUGUGGGGAAAUACAUUGAAUCUCUAAGUUUCUAAGUCUAAAAAAGUCUAUAAACUGUUUAUCACGAAGCUAGCAAAAUCUUAAAAACAGCAACACUGAAAAACAAAACUAAAGGCAACUACCUCAUAACAUCUAUAAAACACUAAUGCGACAGGAACAACUGGAACGGAACAGAAAUACCAAAGUACAAAAAAGUACAAGCCUUAACGUUAUCAAUUUGCCUGUUUGCCACUUGUUUACGGUAUGCCUAUAACUUUAGAUUAACAUUUUUGAUGUUUGUGAAGAAACGCAAAAGGAAUUCACUUAUACAUUAGAUGGGCUUAUAAACAGGGGGGAGGGGGGGCUUAUAUCCGGAAUAAUUUCUUCGUUAGCAAACGGAUGGGCCUAUAUCCGGGGGGGCUUUAACGUGGGAUUUUACGGUAUCCUAACCCUAGAUUACUAAUACUACUUACACCGUAAAAUUGCACUGACUUGGGUUGAUUUUAUAGAAGGCGGAUUAAGUUGGGUUUUCACGCUUGCAAAUACAAUAAUUGUAGAUAUUUUUCUCUUAACAGUCUUACAUGUAUAGUAUACUGCACCUUGAGAUCGAUUAAGGAAUUAUCAACUCAUCAAAAACCCCUCUAAGUGGUUAUUAACUGUAUUUAACAUUCUUGAGUGUAACAAAGAGGACACAGGUUGAGUGAGAACCUUCACUACGCAUUGAGCAUUAUGUUUUAUUGCCACACAAAUGAAGCAUUUUUACUAAAUUACUAAACAGCCAAGAAACCAUGACUACUGAACUCUUUGAACACUGUGCGUUAGAGUCACUUGGAAACGUAUAGUACAGCACUAAAGUUUGAUCAAAUGUAACAUAAAUAGUAUUCUGAUAUUAGAAGAGUAAGUGUGUCUAACUUAAAUAAAUUUCGAUUAGACGCUGAAUAGGUUAUAAUCUCCCAACGACUGAAACAAAUAGAACCAGGGUCACUGGGGUGUGUUGUGUCAAGGUUAAUCUCGUCGGACGAGUUUUAUCAAGUUUAAAACAAGUUUGGUGAAACAGGAAAUGCAAGAUUAUUUAACUGGGUUUCACAACUUUAAAUAACUAUACUGAGUCUUAAUAUAGCUUACGUUCAAUAUUCAGGUGGAAAGAUGAGUUAUUUAUAAACCAUAUAUUUUUAUUCUUGCUGUCAGCACUCAUCAUUACCGUGUACCUUCACUUACAGCUGUAUCGUUGACAGGACCAUGACUUGCCUAUUAAAUGGUUUUUAUUUAAAGUUACACUGGAAACAAAAACACGUUAGUAACUAUGGAAUGAACAUUCACUACAGAAGUUAACGCAUGCAUAAAAUAUGUCGUGGCAUUAGACAAGGCAUCUUUCCUACUGAAGCUUCAAAGCUGCACGGGUCACUAACCAACAGAAUAAACGCAUUCUUCUGUAAGUGCUAAUCCAGCACUGAGUUCCAGCAACUGGACGAUUGUUUUAAUUUUAAUCCAUAGAAAAUACAUGUCCGGUUUGCCCAAACGGUCUGGACCCUUAUAGUUAACCACAAGAUUCUCGGGCCAUUUUAUCUAGUCCUCGCCUUUCAAUUCACCAUGGAAUCUAUGCAGUUGUAAGGUCCGUCACUGGACUGAUCCGAAACUGGUGACUGAGGAAAAUGUCUCAUCGUAAUAAACCUUGGGGCACAACCGGACUUUAAACCAGUCUGCAGACUCUCGGCAUCUGUUUUGACCUUGAAUACCGACUUGUCUCUAACAGUGUUUCUAACAGCUUUCCAUCCCCUUGGAAGAUUCAUCAACUCCCAAACAUUGUCUCAAAGGGGAUCAAUUUCAUUCUCUUUUGCCUUAUAAUCUGGGCUGUCCAGUGGCUCAGUUAACUCGGCAUUCUGGACACUUGCCCAUUCUCAGUAAUAAUCAAGUGCUUUGAUCUUCGCACCACUGGAUCUACCCCUAUCCGUCAGCUGUGUAUUCUAUACCAGCUGCAUGUUUUUCAUCACAUGUUUCACGGCUCUUGGGAAAAACUAAAGGGCAAUGUAUUGUAAUUUUUGUUCAAAUCUACCGUGGUUUAAUAAAGUAUUCUAUCUAUCGUGGAAGUCCAAUCAGUUCACAAAUCGCUCGCCACUUCUUUAGGCUGGGGCUUACGCAACUCGAACGUGGCCACAAAAGACCCUUUGAAACCUUGGAUUAUCCAAUCGGUAACCCUUCCACUCAGUGCCGCAACCUAGGAUUCCGCACUUCCUCGAUUUUGCAUCCAGUUUCUGGUGACCUACAGUUGUGUUUUGCACCGCCUAGGCUUCAAAAGGUGUCUUCCCUUCGACUGCAUUUGUCGAACGGAUUUCUCAGUGCACCGCCGUAUGCAAUGCUUUGACCUAAAUACGAUGUGGUGUCCUCUCAGAUCAACUAGCAUAUGUCAGGCACCGCUUCAACCAAUGUGCUAUUCAUCAGCAUUCUGCUGAGGAGUAUUAAGUGCAGUCAGCUCUUGUCGAACUCCUCUCCUUAAGAACUUUUACAAAUUCCCUCUGAGAUGCACUCCAUCAACUGGAACCAAGAGCCUUAAUGAGCUCUUGCUGGAACUUUCUUCUGUGGCGUGUUCCUUCCACACAUGAGAUACAAAAAUACGUUUCUCGACGUAUUGCUGAUGAUCAAAUCAUCAACCAGUUUUUUCUUGGACAACUUUCGCAGGUUUCGUCUUUCAAGGUGGCCAUAUUUUCGUUCACAGCUUCAUUGGCUUGUUCAUUAUCAGCCUGACAGUUCAAAUUGUACAACCCUGCCCCUUAGAGGUAACCGUCUUGUUUGAGUCCAAUAUUUCACGCCCAGUCUCACUGAACUUUGCCACCUUUCGAACUUUGCUGCCUUUCACACGCUCAACAGGUUUUAUGACAGGCACUUAGUUUGCAGCUUCUAACUUUACUGCCAACCGAUGUCAACUCCAACACGACAGUGGCACUUCCACUUCGUAUCCCGGCAUUACUAAACAUGACCUCCAGUAUCUGCUUCAGACAAUGAAACUCAAUGAAACUCACUGAACAGAAUAUAAUCACCACACAUGUGAAGGUUUGCUUCCGACUCACGAUUACUUCAUUCAAGUUUCCAGGAGAUCUCGCCAAGACAUUCACCAUCCGAACUCCUACUGUCUCUUCGCCUGACUUCCCUAUUUACGUUCAAUUGUUAGCACUGCUAGCUUCCUUUUUAUUUUGAGUUAGUUUUCUUUUCUUGUUCAUUCUCUAGACCAGGUUUUCCACAUUGUCUUUCCUUUUGGUCUUUGACUCUUUCUCUGCAUGCCGGAAUCUAUCAAAGCCAAUCCACGAGAUUUCUGUCUUCAUGCAGCAAACGUUAAGUAGCAACUUCCAUCUUAGGUACAUCCUCGUUUGCUUUAAGGCCAGCACCCAUCACAUUAUAUGAUGUGGGCGCUGACCAGUAAGUGCACAACACUACCGUCUUCAGGAAUAGAAUCCUCAGUCGCUGACAGCCCAUCAAAAAAUCCCCUUCAUUAAUUUUUUUUACAGAAUCGCCCUCUUUAACCCUCAAAGAAAUUAUGUACCUCAUUGCAACUUGCUGACCCAAGUUCAACUCUGAAUUCUGUCUUUCCAGGUUCUUUCAUACGGUAGCAGGGUGUUAACGACUGGCGAGUAAAAAUAGCAUGAACGUUGUUCGACUGACAGCAGAAUCGUUGCUAACGCUUUGUCCUUUCAAACCAAAAACUUCGGAAAGUUUUCUUUUACACCAGAAGCACGCUCAGUAUAACUUAUUUCUUCAAACCAAAAACCUCGAGCCUUCUACGUCAGAUCAUUCGACCAAUUAAAAUGAAGACGAACAGCUACGGUUUCUCGAUUUGGAAGCGGCGUCAUCUUGACAAUAUCGCCAGGCCAGGCAGCACAGCAAAAUGCAGAUAUGGCGGCAGGCAUUCAGGCACGCAGUUGAUUCCCGGUCUCUACAGCACAUCGGGGACUAGCUUGGUGGCAAUGUUCUGGGCCUUUAACCUGUUUCGGUUCGACUUAGUGAACGUACGAGAGCUCCCGAAGUCUCUAAGUACAACUUGAACUUUAUUUACGAGCAAAACUCAAGAGAACUUUGUGACAGAUCGAUUACCAAUGAAAGAGAGAAAACUGGCCAAAUUUGACCGCUUAUAUAAGACGAAGACCUUUUCAAGAAAAACCUGUUUGUCCAGUUUAAAGCCUGUCAUAGAAAUUUCUUGAAACAUCUUUAAUAUGCUAAUUGGCUCCUUAAAAUAAACAGUCCUAACAAAAUGCAACUUGAACAAAAAACAUGUCUAAGUUCCAUCAAAACUGCUUCUCCAUAUACGGUAUUUUCUAAAGUGGUACCGACCAAGGGCUAGAUUUGCUGCGGAGGAUGGUUAGUGCUCGAAAAGUCAACCAUUAAAAAUAUUUCCUUGGUACUUAUUUGAGCUUAUAACAUUUAUCAACACGGUAACUUAUUUUGUUAUCUGGAGUCUCCCUGGACCCGGCCGCGCGGGUCGUCUCGGGGGACUGUUGCGACAUCAGGUGAUAUCAGGUCAUUUAGUUUUAAUUUUAGGUUUUGGUCCUUUGUCCUUUGUCUUCUGAUCUAUUCAAGUGUGCCGAAAACUAACUGUUAAAAUACAAAAUGGUUUUUUGUUGUAUGAAAAAACAAAAUAAAGCCCGGUGAAGAACUGACAAAGAGGUUUCAUUUGAAUGGUCACACAAUAGGAUUUGAUCCACAGACUCAAAAGUUAGAACUUCUUCCAAUUCCUUUUCGGUCAGCUUCUGGUUCUACCUCGUUGCGCCUUUUGUUUUCAGUCUACCUAAUGGGGGUUGAACGUGACCAUUGCCUUAAUUGUACUUGUAAACAUCUCUUGGUUAAAAAUGUGCAUGGCGAGUGGCAGGAAAUGGAACCAAAUUCUCUUUUCUCGUAUUUCUUCAGACACUUGACUGAUGUUUUGAAUAAUGGCUGAUAAUACCAAUGAAGAACCAAGAUUAUCAAACUGGUCGACUCUUUUAAGAGGAAAAACUAGCGUUGCAGUUUUUGUAGUAGCCUCCAUGUGUAUUGUAUUGCUUUCAGUUUUGCUUGCUUUGACGAAAGUUCCCGCUAAAUCUUGCAAUUCCCAAGAGAAAGAUGAUUGUAGCCAAUCAAAUAUCGCGUUGGUUGGAAAGAUUUGUGGAGGUGUCUUCAUCUUAUUUUUUGUUGUCAGUGGAGCUGCUGUAAUAGCUUGCAACAAAAGACACAGGCCUGAAAGCAACUCAAUAGAUGUAGUUGUCUCCGAGAUUCCCAUGGAAGAUUUGGAAAAAUCUCCAGCUCCAAUCCUUCCGUAUAAUCAUAUUCCUCAUCGUCCUGUAUGUGCUGAAGCCUGUUCUACAGAUUUGCCUGACUACUUUAUCGCGAUUUCAAAUGUUCCGAACGUUUCUCCACACUUAAGACUGAGAGGAUUUUGGACGGAAGACAUUGAUAACUCGGAUGAUGAAAAUGACCCGCCACCAUGUUAUGAGCAAGCGCUUAUAAUGUAUGGUUUGAUAUCAAUCGAGUCCGCCGAGCUUGAAGAU